UAGGGUUUGCUUUUGUCGAAACAAUUGAUUCUCAAUUUUCUCUGCCAAUGUGUUAGAAAUGUUCCACGACGUCGAAAAAUCACAUUUAGGCCAAAAUAUCUGUGUGCAUUUAUUACAAUCGUCCGUUGUAGAUUUUUCGUUCAUUAAAAAUGGUAUUUUUUCUAAAGAGUUUAAGCAACUCUGUCUUUUCGGCUCUCUUAAAUAAUAUCGUGUCGUAUCGCACAGUGAGGCAGUUAGUGUUUACCAGAUCGUAGUAUUUUCCUUAACGUCGCAUGAACUUCGGAAACAAAGUGCGACAAUCGAAUCGACGUACGAUCGUACUUCCUUACAUCGGAAACAACGUUUCUAACAAUAGACGUGGCCACUCUUUUUCUCCAUCGGGGCACAAAGUCUACCGCGAGUUUCCGAGUUUUCUGGAACGUAAUCUCCAUAGUCUAAUGCGGCGUAUCGCCGAACGGUACACGUGCGUAUUCCACGUCCCGUUUAUCAAAAUUCAAAGCACGCCCUUAUCAGCAUAUAAUCGCAAGAAAAUAUGCAAUAUCAUAGCGGAAGAAAAGUCAAUAAAAGCCCCCGACUGUCUCUCGUAUGCAAAUAUUUAUUCGUCGUUAAUGGCCUCGAUAACGACCCUUGGAAACAGUUAAUUCAAUCGGGGGACAAAACGCUCGAUAAAAAGAGGAUUGCUCGGCAGUUUUCACGAUCAUUAUGCAGUCCAUGUAACAACCUCCGGUUCUUAUCAGCCCUUCUCGCAAACGGAACCUUUUAUCGGAGAAUUCUCUCGAGUCGUGCGUUCUUUCUUUCUUUUUUUUUAGGCGCUCCAACUGAACUCGGAGCAGAGCGCGUUCGAACCCAAAUUUGGGCUACAAGCGCGCGGCAACCGCCUUUCUUCGGCAAAGGUUGCGACGAAGCCGCCGCCACAAAUGCUUCCAAGUGUUUCUCUUCUCCUUCCAUCUUUUUCUGAAAGAAUACGUGGAACCGUUCGAAACGGCAGCUCGACCGCGGGUCAAAAUCCCCGAUUCUCCAGCAGCGAGGUUAUGUUUCCACCGUGCGGAUCGAUGGAGAGAGAGAGAGAGAGAGAGCGAGAGAGAGGGAGAGAGAGAGAACCGUAGGAACCUGCGCGCGAUGGACACGAGGAGUCCGUCGGUGGAAUUCAGUCGCGUUUCCGCUCGGCCUCUCGCCGCCGCUCGCGCCGUUUAACUCGUCCCCUCCAGGCCGACGAGGGGGCUCUUUAAUCGAGCUCCACAUCCUGCCGCACCGCGAUGGAAAAUCCCGAGGCAGCGCCAUAGCGUUUGGGAGUGUUCCACGUGGCAGUCCGGCGGAGCGACCGUCUCUCCGCGAUCGGAUCGAAAUUGGCGUUCGCGCGACGGACGAUCGACUUCUCUCCCGAUCUCGCCCCCCUCCCGCGGCAGGCGACUCGUAAAUUAAUUAUAAUUCGUUGUUUGCUCCGAGUGCGAGCGUACCGGUCGCGCUAUCGAACGCGCCGUGGAAGUCAAACAGCGCGGGACGAUAAGAGAUGCCCUCGCGUGUGAAUCCGCUCUUAUCGCUGACAAGAUAUAGAGACGUUCGAGAGGGAUACACUUGGAAAUCACAAUAAAUCACGCAGGGAUAGCGGUUACAUUGUUAUAUAAAUCGCAGACUUGUUUCGUCAGGCUAUUCCAGUCUCUCUCUCUCAGAUAUCGGUAAUCGCGGUGUCGAAGAAUUCCGGUCGAAAUUUCGAGGGUACCUUGCGGGUCUAUCGAUAAAUGUACGGAAGGUAGAGAUGGCGAGUCAAACUAAAGAUCGUGUAAACUUAAGCGACGUGAGUGACAAGUUUACGGAGGAGGUGCUGGUGGACGUCCUCUGCAGGGCGUACGGCGGGCGGAAGGUGCGGCUGACAGAUUGGAAUUUGGGCGAGGGGUUCGCCAAGGGUGACAGCUACCUGUCGACCGUUAACAAGGGUAAGCUGCGCGGUAUCGCGGACGGCAGUCCGGGCCAGCAAGUGCAAGUUAAUUUCGUCGUCAAGUCGAUUCCCAAAAAUGUCGGCAGAAGGAAGACCUUCCGGAGCGGAGAGUUCUUCAGUAACGAAAUCGUAUUCUACACGAAGAUCGUCCCCAGGAUCGAAAAAUUCUUGGCGGAGAAAGGGCAGAGCGAUCUACUGUGCAUACCGCGUUACCUGGCUUCGUAUACGGACGGCGAGGAUGACUUCCUAGUCUUGGAAGACGUCUCCCCCCUGGGAUUUGGACCCGCGUCCAGGCAGAGCUGCCUGGACUGGGCGGAGUGUGCGGUGAUUCUGAAAACCUUGGCGAAAUUUCAUGCAAUCUCAUUUGCGUACAGGGACCAGAGGAAAGAGGAGUUUCUAGAAUGUAUGAGCUACUUGAAAGAAACCUACUUUGGUAGUCAUCAUCGGGACUGGUACCUAAGAUUCCACAAAAAGCUAAUGGACAUAGCGAAACACGCGUUAACGACGGAAUACCCCAACAGCAGAGCCGAAAGGCAAUUCAAUUCCUACGAAUUUGGUGCACUCUACGACAAGUGCUCGGAACUGUGCGAGAGGAAAGACGCCCCGACGUCUGUCAUAGCCGCGGGUGACUGUUGGGCCCCGAACUUUCUAGUCCGAGACGUCGGGCGAGAUAGGAAGGAAGCGCUGAUGCUGGACUUUCAGCUUGCGCGUUGCGCCAGCCCUAUCACGGAUCUGUCGUUUUUAAUUUAUUCCUGCACUCUGAAGCCAUUUCGGGAUCAGUAUUUCGACGACAUACUGAAAGUCUACCACUCCGAAUUGAGCGGCGCCAUUAAAUCUCUUGGAUCCGAACCAGAAAAGAUUUAUCCGUGGGAUUUAUUUAUGCGGGAGGUGAAGGAGAACUUCAUCGUUGGAGCAGCGUUUUCCAUGGAAGCUAUUCCGUUUUGUCUAUUGGAUCCAUCUCAAUCAUUCGAUCUAGAUGCCAUUAUCAAGGGCGAUGAGGCGGUAAAUAUUGCGGACGUGUGGACGUUGUCUAACAUCGAAACAUCAAGUGGCAGACAGAGAUUAGCAGAUGUAAUUGUCCAUGCAGUCGAAAAUGGAUAUCUAUGAGAAUGGAAAUCCAUACGUAAUUGAUCUUUUUUCCAUUGACGUAGAAAAUUUGUUUUUAAAUUACUGGCGAUAUAUAAUUUACCACUUUAUGUAAAUAAUUGCUUCACUUUAUCAAAACGAUAAUGCACAUUAUUAGUACAAAUACCGCCGAAGCAAAUAGUAUUGGAAUAGUAUUAUUAAUGCACAUUAACAAUAUAAAUAUACAAAUGUAUAUAACUUUAAUAAAAUCUCAUUUUCAUAUUUAUAUCUUGUCAGUAGAUAUGUAUAUCCCGAAAUUAUAUUUGCGUAUACCCACACAGCACAGAAAGAUUGCAGAAAUGUUACAUUGCAAGAUUGCAAUAUUGCAGC